AUGGCUAAGCCCAACGAUCAUAGCAAAGUUCAAAUGGCUCUAAGUAUCCUUUUCUCAUUUCCCACUUCUUCCCUUGUACGGUUGCCAUUGAAAGAUUUGAGCCAUGGGAACGUGGCCAGGCAGUCAAGAUGUCUUGCAGCCAUUCAAACUUUGGAGUGGCCCACUCAGAGGCGAUCUGCCAAUUACCAACCAACCAUCUGGAGUAACGAAUUCGUUCAAUCAUUAAGGAGUAAUUACAUGGUAAGUGUUCUGCUAAUGAUACUUGAAAGAUUGAAGUUUGAACCACCCAUCAGGCUCCAGCAUCUCCGGCCUUUUGUAGCAGCAGGGGCUAGGAAUUUUCCAGGGCUGGCCUGCAGUUGGUUAGGACUGUUGGGCCACACGGAGCCUGGUAUUGGUGACAUACACACUACACGAAUCAAGAAAUUACAGGAUGCUGCCAGGCAUUUGAUUCUAGAAGCAUCUGGGCCCUUGGAUCAACUCAACCUGAUCGACAACAUCCAACGUCUGGGGUUGGGGCAUCUCUUUAGCAUGGAGAUCGAAGAAGUACUGAGCACCAUAUCCACUGAUAACAAUGACAUGGGUAUGGCAGACGAUGUUCAUGGCACAGCUCUUCGAUUUAGGCUUCUCAGACAACAUGGUUAUGAGGUCUCACAAGAUGUGUUCAGUAGGUUCAUGGAUGAGAUGGGCCAUUUCAAGGAGGGCCUUUGCAUGGAUACAAAGGGAACGUUGAGCUUGUAUGAAGCCUCACAUCUAGCUUUAGAAGGAGAAGCUACCUUGGAUGAGGUUAAAGCUUCCACAAGCAGAUAUCUCAAGGGUCUCACGCAGGCCAUAAACCCAAACCUUGGAAGGCUAGUACAGCAUGCAUUGGAGCUUCCUUUGCACUGGAGGAUGCCAAGGUUAGAGGCUAGGUGGUACAUAGACGAAUACGAGAGAAUGGAGGACAUGAACCCAAUUUUGCUUGAACUAGCCAAGCUGGAUUUCAACAUGGUGCAAGCUAUCCAUCAAACAGAUCUUAGGAAAACAUUUCGGUGGUGGGCCAAAUCGGGACUAAGGGAAAAGUUGAGCUUUGCUAGAGACCGUAUGAUGGAGGACUUUUUGUGGAGUGUUGGAUUGAUUUCUGAGCCCCAGUUUGGACAUUGCAGGGAAGUACUCACGAAAAUUAUUCAAUUCAUACUAAUCAUUGAUGAUGUUUACGAUAUCUAUGGUUCCUUGGAUGAACUAGAGAUCUUUACAGAUGCCAUUGAAAGGUGGGAUAUUAAUGCGAUGGUACAACUUCCACAAUAUAUGAAGAUGUGUUUUCUAGCUCUCUACAACACUGUCAAUGAAAUAGCUUAUAACAUAUUAAAGGAGCAGGGCUUGGACAUCGUACCACACCUAAAGAAAGUGUGGGCUGAUUAUUGCAAAGCAAACCUGUUGGAAGCAAAAUGGUACAACAACAGUUACACCCCUGGGCUUGAAGAAUAUCUGAGCAAUGCAUGGGUUACAGCAUCUGGCCCCAUCAUUCUGUUUCAUGUAUAUUUUUUGAUGGGAGAAAACAUAACAAAGGAGGCUCUAGAUUGCAUUGGAAGCUACCCAAAUCUGAUACGCUGCCCAUCUAUUAUCUAUCGACUCACCGACGAUCUGGAAACUUCAGCGAACGAACGAGAGAGAGGUGAUGUGCCAAAAUCAAUCCAAUGUCACAUGCACGAGACAGGUGUUUCUGAAGAUGUUGCGCAAGAGUACAUAGGAGGUCUAAUCAAUGACACGUGGAAGAAGAUAAAUGAAGAUCUUGAUCUUGUGGCCAACUCUCCAUUCCCCAAGUCUCUUGUGGGUCCCUCCAUAAAUCUUGCAAGGAUGGCCCACUGCAUGUACCAAUAUGGUGAUGGAUAUGGUGUUCCAGACCAGCACACCAAGGACCAUAUCAAGUCAUUACUGGUCCAACCUAUUCCGCUUGAGUAGAGAUAAGCCCUCCAGUACACAUAGCAAGCAUGUACUGUUAUUGAGACUGUUGGUCUGGUGGGCCAUGGCAUGAACGGCCAGAAUAAUAAUAAAUAAAUAAAAAGUGAGGGGCGCAGGCUGUCAUAGACAUCUGAUUAGUGAGGCUGCAAAAGGAACGGUUAGAUCAGUAGUCUACAUUCAACAUUACAAAGUCGCAUCAACGGGAAGGUA